ACGACUCGGCCGUUUACUUGAACCCUAUUUACAAUUUGAACAAAGAAGACAGCAACUGGAUUGUCACGAGUUCGUUUAUCAUCUUCACCAUGCAAACCGGUUUUGGUAUGCUGGAGUCAGGCUGCGUGUCGCUCAAGAACGAGGUUAACAUAAUGAUGAAAAACGUCGUAGACAUCGUUCUCGGCGGUUUGACUUACUGGGCUUUCGGUUUCGGAGUGAGUUUCGGUUGGGGCAAGCCCACCAAUUGGUUCAUAGGAACUAGUGGUUUUUUCAUAGACCCUCCGAUCGACGAAAAGCUGAUGGGGCCUGCGUGCGCGGCCUUCCUGUUUCAAUUGAGUUUUGCUACCACUUCGACAACAAUCGUCAGUGGCGCGAUGGCGGAAAGAUGCAACUUCCGAGCUUAUUGCUUAUUUUCCUUCCUGAAUACGAUUGUGUACUGCGUGCCAGCCGGAUGGGUUUGGGGGGAUCACGGUUUCCUGAACCGUCUUGGAGCCGUGGACAUCGCGGGCUCGGGAACCGUCCACCUCGUCGGGGGAGUUUCAGGUGAAAAGCGAGUGACAUUCGCGGAGGAAGGAAAAUUUGGCGGAAUAGCAGCCUCCGUAAAUUCGGUCACGUCGCUCCCAAACCUAAUCGUCUGUUUUUGUGAUAAAUCAGCUUUGGCGUGUGCAAUUAUGCUCGGACCGAGGCUGGGGAGAUACGACAAGGGCUUCGAGCCUCUUCCCCUCGGCUGUCCGGUCAACGCCAUAAUGGGACUGUUCGUUUUAUGGUGGGGCUGGCUGGCGUUCAACAGCGGCAGUACUUACGGCAUCAGUGGCGAACGUUGGCAAUACGCUGCCCGAGCUGCAGUUUCGACGAUGAUGGGAAGCAUGGGCGGUGGCUUGGUCGGGCUUGGGUUUUCUCUCACGAACCCAAACGGCAUAGAUAUUCUGAGUCAGAUAAACGGGAUUCUGGGUGCACUGGUCGCCAUCACGGGUGAGAUGUGCUCAUUUGCGCGCGGAGCGUCAAAUCAGCAGCUUAUGAAUAAAUGGAUUUUUGCUCGUUUUUUAAAUCGAGGGGGUUGCUUCCUGUUCCGCGCUUGGGAAGCGAUGCUCGUUGGGAUGAUCGGCGGCUUCAUAACUUGCUUCGUUAUGCCGGCGCUCGACAGAGCCUAUAUCGACGACCCCGUCGGAGCCUCGGCAACGCACGGCGCCAGUGGAAUUUGGGGAGUCCUCGCGAUCGGUUUUUUUGCCGAUAAUCCGUACCCUCUGAACACGACGAGUGGACGGAGCGGCUUGUUCAAAGGCGGAGGCUGGCAAUUGCUCGGCGUUCAAGCCCUCACGGCCCUCUGUCUGGUGUCCUGGAGCUUUGUUUCCUCGAUGAUUUUACUCUGGCUCGUCAACAAAGUAAUACCGAUAAGAAUGGAGUCUCACGACGAAUUGCUCGGUGCCGAUCUGACCGAGCACAGAAUUCGACACACGCAGGUUGGUGUGAGCAGAGCAAUGUCGGCGCUUCGGCCAUUUUCGAGGGAAGGUAUACUUCAGGGAGUGAUGGCAGUGGGAAUAAAUCCUGGUCACGAUUCCUACAUUACGAAAUUCAAUCGAACGAAGAAGAUGCAAAACCUCGCAAAAAUGAUGAGUCGACAGGCCAAAAGGAAACUUUCCAGUGACACGAAAGUCAGGAAACUGGAAGAGUCCACCACGUCUCGAGAUCAAACUUACUCGCGAUUGGCUUGGAUCGAUUAAACAGCGUUGAUCGGAUCUCGCAAUCGUCACGCUCAAACGAUAUUUCGGGUUUUAAGCUAGCACGUCCGUAGGACCGUAUUUUAUGGGUGUCUAAAUUCGGUCGAUUUUUACAACACUUUAAAUUAAACUCAGAGUUAUUAAUUCAAAAUUGUUAAUAAACUUUCUCAGCUCAUUUUUUAGCGAAUGAAAUUACAAUCGUCGAAACGGAUCGAGAAAAAAGUAUUAAUAAAAAGAC